UGCUUGGCACAAUUGGUAAGAAUUUAAAAGUGAAAUGUGUUGCAAAUCGAGAGCUCACCCUUCUUACCUUCAUCUGUUGAUCCGCGUAGAUUUUGUUCAACUCCAUUAAUGUGAUUGAGAAUGGCCUCUAAGCUAAACCCAAAGCUCUUCACAUGGCUUUUUCUUCCAGCUUUUAUGCUCCUCAUCCUCUACUCUACAUUCCUUCCUCUUUACACUCCCUCAUCCCCAUCCUCCUCGCAGUAUUCAAAGCCUAAACUCUCGAUUUCAUCCUCGUGCAAUCUCUUCAAGGGUCAAUGGGUGUUCGACCCGGCUCGGAAGCCCAUGUACGACGACAACUGCCCGUUCCACAGAAACGCUUGGAACUGCCUCAGAAACGAGAGGGAGAAUAUGGGUCGGAUCAAUUCGUGGAGGUGGGUGCCCGAAGACUGCGAAUUGGCUCGGGUCGACCCAUCUGGGUUCUUGGGUCUGAUGAGGAAUAGGAAUAUUGGGUUUGUGGGGGACUCUUUGAAUGAGAAUUUCUUGGUUUCUUUUCUGUGUAUACUUAGAGUGGCGGAUAUGGGUGCUAAGAAGUGGAAGAGAAAAGGGGCUUGGAGAGGGGCAUUUUUCCCCAAAUUUAAUGUCACUGUUGGCUAUCAUCGUGCCGUCUUGCUUGCAGAAUAUGUUAGGCAGACAAGAGAGCCUGGUUCUUCAACUGAAAAGGGAUCAUAUCGGGUCGAUGUUGAUGUUCCAGCAGAUGAUUGGGCACACAUUGCUGGCUUUUAUGAUGUGCUAGUUUUUAACACUGGUCAUUGGUGGGGCUACGACAAAUUUCCAAAAGAGACACCUCUUGUAUUUUACAAGGCAGGUCAGCCUAUACAACCUCCCUUGGAAAUGUUAGAUGGGUUUAAGGUUGUCCUAGAGAAUAUGGUUGCUCAUAUAGAAAAACAGUUCCCGAAGACACUUAAGUUCUGGCGUUUGCAAUCUCCGAGGCAUUUCCAUGGAGGUGAUUGGAACCAAAAUGGUAGUUGUGUUUUCAGCGAGCCACUUGAUGAAUCUCAGCUUGACUUGUGGUUUGAUCCCAGAAACAAUGGAGUGAACAAGGAAGCAAGAAAGCUUAACGGUGUCAUUAAGGAGGCAAUAGAAGGCUCGAGUAUCAGAAUACUUGAUCUCACUCACUUGAGUGAGCUCCGGGCAGAUGCCCAUCCCGCAAUUUGGUUGGGAAAGAAGGAUGCAGUCGCCGUUUGGGGCCAGGACUGUAUGCACUGGUGCCUGCCAGGCGUUCCAGACACUUGGGUCGAUAUAUUGGCACAACAAAUUCGUUAUAGCGUGGAGACAGGGUGGUAACUGCAUAGAUCUACAAUUUCGAGUUUUUUUUUACGAAGACUAUACAGCUGAUCUUUCAGUGAACUCAAACCACAUUGCUUCUGCCCACUGCAAAGGUGCUUCAAUAUUCUCUGGAAGAGCCCUACCAUUUCUUAUGGUUGAAGAAGCCUGCCGUUUCUUACCUUUACUGUUUCAGUGUUUUUGAACAUAACCCCCAUGAUCCCCAUCUGUAUCAUUAUUUUCUUUCUUUAUGAAAUUCUCAUUUUUUACCAAGUUCCCAAAAGUACUCUAAAGAAAUGAUAAUGCUAUAUGUAUCAUUACCUCUUAUUCGAUUAAUUUGUGUUGGAUCCAUUGUUGAAAGAAGGCACUUUAUGUUAAAGAGUUUUAAAUCAGAUUUUUU